AUGAGUGAGAUUAGAACCUUAACAGAAACUAGGCAUCAUAAUAUCAUCAAGAUAUAUGGAUUUUGCUGGCAUUCAAAGGUCUCCUUUUUGGUUUAUGAAUUCUUGGAAGGAGGUAGCUUGGACAAGAUACUAAGUGAAGAGACACAAGCAAUUGCAUUGGAUUGGAGUAAAAGAAUCAAAGCUGUUGAAGGCAUGGCUAAUGCCUCAUACUAUCUUUACUAUGGAUACUCACCUCUGAUAGUUCAUUGUGACAUAUCAAGCAAAAAUGUUAUUUUAGACAUAGAUUAUGAGGCUCGUAUCUCUAACUUCGGGAUAGCAAAGCCUUUGUAUCCAAAUUCUAACAAUUGGACCUCAUUUGCUGGUACCUUUGGCUAUGCUGUUACAGAACUUGCCUACCCAAUGGAAGUGAUGGAGAAAUGUGAUGUUUAUAGCUUUGGAGUGUUGGCUUUGGAAAUAAUUAUGGGAAAACAUCCAAGAGAUCUCAUAAUGUUGUGUUUCUCAUCAACAUCUUCUAGUACAACACUAACAAUAGUUGCUCACGAUUUGGAUUUGAAGGAAGUAUUAGAGAAAAGGCUACCUUAUCCUCGAAACUCAGUGGCUAAGAAGGUGAUGUUGAUUGUAAGAAUAGCUUCUACUAACUUAAAUGAAAAUCCACGUGCUCGCCCAACCAUGGAGCAAGUAUGUAAGGAGCUUGCCAUGCUAAAAUCACAUAUUUUUGGUUCCAUCCAUGGCUUCAUAUAA